GUCAAGUCAAAUCAAUCUUGCAGAGCAGAUAGGUUAUGAAAUUGAAUUGUAUUUUUAAAACGGUUGGCUUGGCUUUCCGUUGUGUUUGUGUUAUCUUUUCGCAUUGAUUUUAAAUUAUUUAGAUUUCACGCUGUUUGGAAGAAAAAUGGAGCCAAUGACCUUAGGAAGUCCUACGCAUUCUCCGUCUGGAAGCCCUAACGUGGGGUAUUUACCACCAUUCCUGUUAGGUGAAAUAAAUCCUCCUACAACCCCUCGCACCAACAGUCUAUCUCCGACAAAGGGGCGGAGUCUCGCAUUCGGUUCUCCUACAAGCCCGACUCAAACUUCAACCCCAGAUCAAAAAAUAUUCAGACAGAACAUGACAAUGCAUCAGCAGGCCAUGUAUAACCAGCAGAACCUAUUUUCCAAUAUUCCUACUUCACCCAACAUCUCAUACUCGAGUAAAACCAAUGGACCACCUAUAGAAGACCUUUUUGACACUAUUAAAAGUAAUGAUCCUUCAAAUAAAACAUUCCAAGAUAGUUUCCUCGGUUAUGGAAACAACAACUCUAUGUUGCAGAAUUCAUAUGUUAAUAACAUGAAUGCUUCAAUCAAUAAUCAGUCUUUGACAUCACAAUGGCAAGAUGGCUGUCAAGAACAGGAUGAAUACUGGGUCACCAUUUUUGGUUUCCCACCAAAUGCUGCAAAUACAGUCCUAGCAAGGUUUAGUAACUGUGGAGCUAUUUUAGACAAACAGUAUCCAACUCAAGGCAAUUGGGCUCAUGUUAGGUACGCCACAAGGGCGGAAAAAGAAAGAGCCAUGGCACUAAGCGGUCGCCAGGUGCUGCCUGGCAUCAUGGUUGGGGUUGUGGAGUGCAAGGAGCCCCCUAGAAUAAUCACCAGCCCAGGCGUUAUUUCUCCAGAAAGACAAACAACAGGUGCCCGUUCCUUAUGUCCUACGCCUAUACCUUCUGCACCAGUGCCAGAGAGAUCGAGUGGCCUCAUCUCAAAAGCCCUAGACUAUGUACUCGGCUGGUGACACAUGCUGACUGUCACUUACAUGGCCAAUCAAUUGAGGCAACUGACUGAAUGAUGUUGUGUCUCUGUACAGCAUGACAUUAUUAUUGCAAAUAUGUAUAGGUAGAAAAAUUUGUCAAAGUAACUUUUGAAAUAAAAAAGUAAUUUCGUUCUUUAAUAAUUACAUACUAUAUAUACUUCUGUUAUAAUAUUUAAUCCUAAAGAGAAGAAAUAGGUGAAAAUUUAAUAACUACAUAUAAUUCUUACUGUGAAAUGUAAUGAAAAAAUCUAAUUUCGUACAUAUUUUAAAAAAUCAAUGUAUAUAUCUAUGAAAAUUUAAGGCCAUUAUAAAAUAAAACUAAUUAUCACUUA